AUGCCUCAAGCCGUCAAAGCUGMGCAAACCAGCUAUUCCCGUAGUCCAUCUUACGCACCUUUCUCGCACAAGCAUGAGCAAUGGGAUCAACACGACGAGCAGUGGGCAGCGAAUCCAACUGUAAGCGCGGGAUCCCCGUCCAGCGAUGCAUACACCUACAACAGAAAGGUGUCCGAAGGGAGCCUCCAACACACACCGCCUGCGGCCUCGAGCUUGAUCAAAAAGAAGCCUGUCCCCGGCACGCUACGAUCACCGAACGGACCCGAGCUUCGACUACACGGUGCCCCAGUUAGUCCUGUGAGUAUCAGUCCUGGUCAGCGUGGGAUCAUGGAGCCUGAGAUGGCAUCAAUCAGCUACUCUCUAUCUGGAGACGAGGAUUCAAGGCGCAGCACGCAACCGUCGGACUCAGCUAUGCGAAUGGGAGAUUUAAUCGGAUCCUUGCCUGUUCGGAGUAAAGAUUCCAGUUUCCUCCAGAUGGAACAUCAGGCCUCGUAUCACAAUGGCCAUAGCAGGGAGUCGUCCAAUGCAUACACUACACCACGGAUAGACGAGGACGGCGAAGAUGGCGCGGAGGUUCAAGGCGGACACGAAGCUCAAAUGCUUCGGUACAGUGCGUUCGACGACCUGAGUAAGAAGCGCACACCCGUGGGACGUGAUCGAAGUUCGCAAGUGACCACACAGUCUGCUGAAUCAGGCUCCUCCUCGAGUUCGCAGCAUCAACGCUCAGCCUCGCAGCAGCAACUAGGAGUUCCGCGUACCAGUGCACCGAGACCCGCCUCGUCAUUCGCCUUGGGCGCGGAGAUGAGAGGUCGCACGCUUUCUCCGAUGAGUGCCAAUGGCUCUGAUUCCCUUUCUGCAUAUGGCCGAGAUUUGUCGUCUUCUCGAAGAUCGCCUCUUGCAAGACCUACGAGCUAUGUCGACUUGCUCAACAAUCUACCGUAUAGUGAACAGAUCGCUCCCGGAGGCCCGCUCAACAACGCCAGUUUGCAAAGCGUUGUGGGUAAUGCGGCUAGCUUGCUAGACACCAAAAAGACGCUGGACAUGUAUCGGGCGAACGUUAAGAAGACCACCGACGCCGCUGUGCAGUAUGAAUUCGCAAUUUUCAUGAUCAAUGCCACGCGGGAGUUGCAACCCGAGGAUGGCGUAGACGCAGCAGAACUCACCUCCGAAGCAAAACACAUCCUGCAACGACUUGCAGACCGCGCCUACCCUUUCGCACAGUACUAUUUGGCCGACGGAUUCUCUUCCGGCAUCUUUAACAAAGGCAAACCGGACCUGGACAAGUCUUUCCCUCUGUUUGUGGCCGCAUCGAAGCACGGACAUSCCGAAGCGGGCUAUCGUGCAGCUCUGUGCUACGAAUUCGGGUGGGGAACAACAAAAGCCUAUCCCAAAGCCGUACAGUUUUAUCGCAACAGCGCCAGCAAGAAUCAUCCUGGUGCUGCUGCGCGUCUCGGGUUGGCUUGUAUAUCUGGCGACAUGGGUCUCAAAGACAAGUAUCGCGAGGGAGUGAAGUGGCUCAAGCGUGCAUCAGAAUCGGCAGACUUCCAGUACAACUCGGGGCCUUAUGAGCUGGGUCUGAUGCAUUUGACGGGCCAUGGAGAGGUCAUCUUCAAGGACGAGGCGUACGCUGCGCAAUUGUUGACACAAUCUGCGGAGCUUGGACAUGUGCAGGCGRACUUCAUGAUGGGCCAGGCGUACGAGAAUGGAUUGUAUGGAUGUCCUCGGGAUGCAGCGCUGAGUGUGCACUUCUACAACGGCGCUGCGACCAGAGGGCAUGUGGGAGGUAUGAUGGCUUUGUGUGCGUGGUAUAUGGUCGGCGCGGAGCCCGUGAUGGAGAAGGAUGAAGGAGAAGCAUAUGCGUGGGCGAAGGAAGCUGCGGAAACAGGAUUCGCAAAAGCUGAAUACGCCGUCGGUUACUUCACAGAAAUGGGUAUUGGCUGUCGGAGAGACCCUCUCGAAGCCAAUAUGUGGUACGUACGUGCCGCAGACCAAGGAAACGAGACGGCCCAGCAACGACUUGCUAUCAUCCGUGCUGCUGCGAGCGGUGACCCUGGGAUUCCCAUGACAAAAGCCGAGGCGAAAGCCAAAGAGCUCGGAAAGAAGAAGAAAUUUGGCAUAUUCUAG